AUGUGCCUCAAUCUUCAUAGUGAAGAGCAGCAUUUAGAAGACUCUGGCAGAGUUUACACUAGUUAUGGAAAAGGUCAAUAUCUCGGUCAUUCAUCAUUUCAGCCAAUCUGGAAAAGGUUUAACGAGUUACAGACUGUCGUCUUCAUUCAUCCAAGUGAAGCACCAACUACUAUCGUUGAUCGUUACGCACCACAGCCAUUAAUUGACUAUCCUCAAGAGACAACUCGAACAGCAGCUGAUCUUGUCCUCACCGGUACUCGCGCUGCAUUUCCUGAUGUAAAAAUCAUUCUUUCACAUGCCGGUGGUACUCUGCCUUUUCUCGCUCAACGGAUUGCCAUGAUAGGUGAUUUGCCAUCCUUUCAAUGUCCGAGAAAUGCUCGUGAAAUUUUGAGUGAUUUUCGUUCGUUUUAUUAUGAUACAGCUUUGUCAUCAAGCGUUCCUCAAUUGAAAGCAUUACUCGCAUUUGCUGAUUCAUCGAAAAUUCUAUUUGGUAGCGAUGUGCCAUAUGCUCCAUUGUCAACAGCAAUCGUGACAAUGCGAAAGCGCUUUUUCCGAACAAAGUCCAAAACUAACAACGAAAUUGUUGUGAAACUAUUUUGA